AUGAGUCACUGCUGGUGCAAGUGCGAGGCGGGAGCGGGGCAGUGCGGGCCCAAGGUACCGAAGCUCAAGACGCUCUUCAACGCGCACAAGAACCUAGACGACUCGUCUCUUCGCCGUGGAGACUGGGAAGCCGAACUCCACGUCAUCUGGGAGGUGCGUUACAAGUCGCGAGAGGUGCGUUACAACUCAUGGGAGAUGCGUUACAAGUCACCGGAGGUGCGUUACAUGUCGCGGGAGGUGCAUUGCAAGCCACGUGAGGAAAUAGGAGAGGAUAAGCUGAUUCGCUCAGAAGACCUGCGAUCGGCCGUUGCAGACGCUGUGGAUAGGGCCUAUGAGAAGGCAGUGCGGGAGGCAGUGCAGCAGCGUACAGAGCUGGAGGAGGGUGUGAGGGAGGCGGAGCAACAGCUGUACGACCUGCUGGGGCCCGAUGCAGAGUGCCUCGUGGCUCCCCAUGCCCUGCCACUGCAAGAGCGGCUGGAUAUCAACCUUUCCCACCUGCACCAGCUGGAAUCCCCAAGGGAGGAGGGCAAGGAGUGGCUGGGAGGGCUGGUGGUGCUGGCAAAGCUGAGGCAGCGACUUAUCUGCCGGAGCUCAUCGCUGCACCUGUCUUUCGAGAUUUCCCCGAAUCCCUUCCUCUUUCCUCCAUUUGUACCCCUCCAUUCUGCAGCAAAGGGAGGAGGGCAAGGGGUGGCUGGGGGGCCUGGUGGUUCCGGCGAAGCUGAGGAGGAAACUCAUCUGCCUGCGCUCCUCGCUCAAAGGCAGGAGGGGAAGGGGUGGCUGGGCGGGCUGGUGGUGCUGGCGGAGCUGAGGAGCCGUCUCAUCUCCCUGCGCUCCUCGCUGCACCUGCCACCACCAGAGAGCGAUGCUGACAUGCAGGACGUGAGCCAUGGGGGUUGCAUUGAUUCUAGAGAGCACAGUGGAGGCUCUUCCCAACGCACACUCAGUCUCUCCUCUUCUCUCUCCAUGACGUUGCAGGAAAGUCUUUCUGUUGCUGGCUCGCAGGUCCCUUCUCCCCGCCCCCACUCUCCCCCUUCUUUCCGCCACCCCCUCUCCCCCUCCGUCCGCCCCCUCACUCACUCCUCCACGUCCCUCCUCCCCUCCUCUCGCUCCGCAUCUAAUCUCCUCCGCUCGACCACCCCCCCUCACACACCACGCUCUCAGUGCUCCAACCGAAGCAACAGGGACGGCGUUAGUGAUAGAGGCACUGGGUGGUUGAGGAGCAGCGGUGCUGGUGCUGGGGCAGCUGCCGGUGCUGUUAUUGCCCUUCCUUCUCCUCCAUCUCCUCCCUCUCCUCCCUCCGCUCCUUCCCCUCCCUCCCCUCCCUCACCCCCCACCUUCCACCCUCCUGCGUUCUUCCCUCCUCCAUUAACCCUCCCGUCACCCAAACCUGCACGACCUAGCCCCUUGACUCCCACCCCACCUGUCUUUUCUGUGCCAUGGGCUGCAAAAUCAGCUACUGCUACCACUGUUGCUGCGAGAUCAGCUGCCAUUACUGUUGCUGCUAAACCGGCCCCUAGUGCUGCUCUCGUUACACGCAGCUUAAGCUCCCCCUCUGCUUCUAUGUCACUGGCCGACGUUGUUUCCUUAACCCAUCAUUCGUCUAACGAGGAUGGCUCUCUAAGUGUGGGAGCAGGAGUAGGAGCGUCCAGCACAAGGGGAAAAGGAGGUGCGCGAUCGGCUGUUUUGGCAGCAGUGGCGGCAGCAGAGGCUUCCAAGAAGGAGCGAGAGGAGCAAGAGAAGGAGGAGGAGGAACGAGGAGCAGGAGCAGCAGGAGCAGGACAUGCUAAAAACUUGGGCUCUGCUGCUGCAGCUUCGUCUACAGCUUCCUCUGUGCCUCCCCGUCCCCCCCCUCCCCCUCCUCCGCCUCGCCCUCCCCCUCCUCCUCCCUCCCUCCCCUCCUCCCACAUCCCAGCCUCCUUUUCCCUCCCGGACCUCUCCCAGUCGUUCGGAGAUCCUCGCUCAGCGUAUUUCCAGCAGAUAGAGGCUGACGUGGUGAAGCAUGCAGACGCCAUCUGGCAGGCGAAGGCUGACCUGGAGGCCUUCCAGACCACCGAUUUCGAAGAGCUGGUGGCGUUUCGAGCCAAGAUAGAGUCGCUUCUCCAAGACUUGACGGACGAGACUCAGGUGCUACAACGAUUUGAGGGCUUCCCCAGCAGCAAGCUGGAGCUGCUGCGAGCGUCGGCAUCGCUGCACUCGCGCCUCUCCGCCCUCUCCCGCGACCUGCUCUCUGCGGUGCCCAUGAGCAACAACGACAGGGGAGGGACGCCCGGUGCUGGUGGAGGUGCUGCUGGUACUGCUGGUGCUGCAGCUCCGGCGUCAGUGGCAGCGGUGGGAGUGUGUUUGGACCGGUGCGAGCGGCUGUUUGAUCGCGUCCGGAGGGAGGUGGAGGCAGUAGAGAGGAGCAGGGAGGAGGACGCUAAAAAGUUUGCAGCGCAGCGGCUGCCGUACAGCAGUGGUGCCAUCGAGAGGGUGAAGGCGGCUGCGGUGCGCCUCUCCUCUCGCCUCUUGGAGCUGUCAGCUCAGGAGAGCAUGAAGCUGAGGGCAUCAGUGGAGCCGGUGGAUGGGCGCAUUCCUGUGUACGAUGUGCCUAGAUUGAGGGCGUCAGUGGAGCUGGUGGAUGGGCGCAUCCCCGUGUACGAUGUGCCGCGAGUCAAGGCGGGCCUGUUUCUUCUCUGGCGCUGCUUCCAGUUCGCAUUCCGGGCUUACAAUUUUGCAGGCGGACAGGAUGAAACAGCGGAAGAGCUGGCUCUCACAGUGGCCAAGGAGAUGGAAGCGUACCCAGCUUACAUGUGGGGAUGA